AUGAAGAUGCUGAUUGUGAAGACACUGGCCCUGUGCUUGGUUCUUGCUAAGUCAGCCUGGACCGAGGAGCAGGAUAAGGUAGUACACGGUGGUCCCUGCUUGAAGAAUUCUCACCCUUUCCAAGCUGCCCUCUACACCUCGGGUCACUUGCUGUGUGGUGGAGUCCUCAUCCAUCCACAGUGGGUGCUCACAGCUGCCCACUGCAAAAAAACGAAUCUGGAGGUGCACUUGGGGAAACACAACCUACGGCAAACAGAGAAUUACCAAAGGCAGAUCUCUGUGGAUCGGACAAUUAUCCACCCCCGCUACAACCCUGACACCCAUGACAACGACAUCAUGAUGGUGCAUCUGAAAAAUGCAGUCAAAUUCUCUCAAAACAUACAGCCACUGCCCUUGAAGGAAGACUGCUCUGAGAAGAAUCCCAGCUGUCGGAUCCUGGGCUGGGGCAAGAUGGAAAAUGGUGACUUCCCAGACACCAUUCAGUGUGCUGAUGUCCAACUGGUGUCCCGGGAGGAGUGUGAGCGUGCCUACCCUGGUAAGAUCACCCGAAGCAUGGUGUGCGCAGGUGACAAGACAGACGGGAACGACACCUGCCAGGGUGAUUCUGGAGGUCCCCUGGUAUGUGGAGAUCAUCUCCGAGGCCUCGUGUCAUGGGGUAACAUGCCCUGUGGAUCAAAGAAGAAGCCGGGAGUUUACACUGAUGUCUGCAUCCAUAUCAGAUGGAUCCAAAACGUCAUCAAAAACAAGUGGCUCUGA